UCACAUCUGUCACUGUCAGUUGUCCGGUGUGGUAAAUGUAUUUUUCUCGAACACGAAAAGCACAAUUUUGAUGAAAUUUAGGAUAAAUACUAAAUAAACAGGGCUUUUCAGAUUCAAGAAAAGUGACUACUUAUAAUGUCUACCUGUUUGCGUUCGUUUUCUCAUAAAAUACUCCCCAUCAAUGGGAUUGUAUCGACGAAAAAUCAUUCCAGUCCUAUAUCCCGCAAAAUUCCAAUACGCUCGCAGUUUUUAGAAAAUUUCUUCAACAGAAGACCCAUUUCGAGCUGCAAACUUGCGCCUUUAAACACUUCAGAGAGCAAUACAGAUGAAGUAUAUAAGUAUGCUGUCGCAUUGCCCCAGUAUUCGAACCGUAAAAUAGACGAAAUUUCAAAAGUUGGUGUUACAUACAGUUCAGAAAUAGAUGUAGAGGUCACAGAGAAUGAUAACAAGGAUCCGUGUCUGCGACGGCUGCGUUGCACCAGUGAUGAUUAUAUUGAAGAGAGAAGCUUGGUACAUUUGAAUUAUUUGCCAACAAUAAGCAUGAAUGAUGUUGACUUCUCAAGAUGUAAAGAGUCCUUCCAGGAUAUAGAACCAACAUGUUUAUCUGAUUUUGAACAAAAUGCGAUUGCUUGCUGUAGCAUGGAGCUCCUCUCAUCACCUCCAUCCCUGUCAAGUGGUCAGACUGGUGACACGAAAGCAGAAGCAGAGAAUCAAGGAAAACCAAGUGAAGAACAACUUAUGAAAGUGUUUAAUACUCUCCGAGAUACUAUGCCUAAUAUAUUUAUCAAGCCAUUGGACUAUUCUAUCUAUCAUCCUAAUUUAAUUUUUGUAAACAAUAUCAGGGGAAAAACAACAGUAGGGCUGUUUCACUAUGUUAAACAAAUAGCACUGCUGAGAACAGUCGGUCACUUAAAGUUUGCCUAUGUCAAUCUUGAAAUUCUAAAAAUCACUGUUCACCCAGAAGAUUCGUCAAUAAAGAUGAGAUGGCGUAUUAGAGGAAUAUCUGGUUUCAAAGUGUUCUUUAAUUUCUGGAAAUACAAAUUAUGGAAUAUGAAAGAAGUUUGGAAGAGCCAAGAGUUGUGGUAUGAUGGCUUCUCUACAUUCUAUGUUGGUGGUGAUGGUCUUGUCCAGAAGCAUGUAGCUGAUAAGAUGAUGCCUGAUCAGGAUACGAUAGUGGACGAUCUAGAGAAGGCGCCGAUAGCAGCCAAGAUAGCUCUCCUGAUUGGUGUACUCCCACGUAGUUACCUAGCUGAUGGUAGCCUAUUCAUGAAUUCAGAUGAAAAUGUAGACUACACAGUAUGUUUACCUGUUAAAGAUGACUAAAUUAACUAAAUGAAAUUACAAAGUACACUUGUGAUAUUAUAAUGUUAAUAUUUUUUAAUAUUAUUUAUGUAACAUGCCUGUUGUGUGGAUUUUACAAGUAACAGGUAUUUUUGACACACAUUCUACCGCUAAGUUUUUCUUUUAUUUAAGUAGCUUGUAUUGUCAGUUUAAAAUUGUGUUAUUUUUUAUCAUGUUCUUGUAAAAUUUAUACAAAUUCACCAAGAUUUGGCCACAGAAGUUAGUAAAUUUUUGUUAUUUAUGGUAUUGUACUGAAUGCAGUAUUGGUUGUUUGACUAAUUUAUCAUGGUUGCCAUCAUGUUAUCACUAUCAGUGACUGUAUGACUAUCGUGCUUGUAGUAUCUAGUAGCUAUUGCAGAAGUCAAUAAAUUAUUAUGAACAUUU